AUGCGUUAUACCGCCACCCUUCUCGCAGCAGCUGGGCUCAUCUGCUCUGGCUCAGCUGCACCUCCCACUCGGCCAGGCCCAGGAGCUGGAGGCCCGGGAUCGAAGAACGGAAUGAGGAACUUCAUCUACAUUGUGCCAGAUGGAUACGGCCAGCACUCUCAGACAAUGGCACGGGACUACGCCAUGCUACUGCCACCGAACACGACAGCUUCCAAUCCAGGCCCAGCCGGGUUCCAUCUCGCAGCCGACCUUCUCGUGGUUGGGACAGUACGAACUUGGGCCUCGGACAAUCUAAUCACUGACUCUGCGGCAUCCGGUACUGCAUUCGCGUGCGGGUACAAAUCCUACAACGACGCCGUCGGCAUCACACCCGACGGACUCCCAGUCGGCUCCAUCCUGGAGACAGCCCACCUUGCGGGCUUCAAGACAGGAUUAGUAGUAACAAGCACAAUCAAUCAUGCCACUCCUGCGGUCUAUGCCUCUCAUGCCGAGAACCGUGACUCCUACGAGGCCAUAGCUGCCCAGGAGAUCGGAUACUCUCACCCAUUCGGCUCGACUGUUGACAUCCUCAUGGGUGGCGGGCGAUGCUACUUCAAGCCGCAAAACGACAGCACGUCCUGCCGCAGCGACGAUGUCGACUUGUUCAGCUUCGCUGCCUCCAAAGGGUUCACAGUCAUGCAAGACCGCGCAGCAUUCGAUGAGCUGAACCUCGGCGAGAACGCACCGUUGCCCUACAUCGGUCUUUUCAACGAUGACCAGAUGAUGUAUGAGAUCGACCGCUCCAGAGAGCCGGAGAAGGAGCCUUCGCUGCUCGAAAUGGUUGAGACCGCCCUUGUGUCUCUCGACAAGGCAGUCAGUGGCCGAACACCCCCACAGUCUGGCAAGCCGGGAAAGCCAGCUGGACCAACCGACAAAGGAUACUUCAUCAUGAUCGAAGCAUCCCGCAUUGACCACGCCGGCCACGCCAACGACGCUGCCGCCCAUCUGUACGAAACACUGAUGUACAACGAAGUCAUGGACUUCGUCCGCAACUGGAUCGACGAGCACCCAGACACAAUGAUGAUGAGUGCCGCUGAUCACGAAUGCGGCGGCCUAACCACCAACGGCUUCGACCCAGAGCCCCUCCAAGCAGCCCAGCACAGCCUGGAAUACCUCGCGGAUCUCUGGAGCGAAUACAACGGCACCAACAUCCGCGGCUUUUUCGUCGACACCAUCCUCGCCGGCGCCGGUCUUUCCGGAGUCCUCUCCGACGAGGAGAUCGACGCUCUUCUCGCUGCCGGCGAAGAUGAGAUCCUCAGCACCCUUCCGGACCUGACCGCCGAGCUUGCAGGCGUGAAUUGGUCGACUGGUGGCCACACUGCGGGAGACAUAAAUCUGCAUGCGUACGCGGCUGGUGAUCGCUGGAGGGAGCUGAAGGCGGAUCUGGCGGGAAAUCAUGAUAAUACAGAACUACCAAGGUAUAUUGAGAAGGUCUUGGGGUUGGAUAUGGAUGCUACGACGCGGAAGCUGCGUGAGGCUGCUCCAUUUGUUGCGCCAGCAGACGCCGCCAAGAAGACGAAGAGGAAUGUGAAGACUCGCGACGGGCACGAGCAUGGACAUGCGCAUAUGCACUGA